ACAUGUAUCCUAUACUGACUAGUCUAAUACAUGUAUCCUAUACUGACUAGUCUAUUUAUCUAUUAGGUCUAAUACAUGUAUCCUAUACUGACUAGUCUAAUACAUGUAUCCUAUACUGACUAGUCUAAUACAUGUAUCCUAUACUGACUAGUCUAAUACAUGUAUCCUAUACUGACUAGUCUAAUACAUGUAUCCUAUACUGACUAGUAUAAUACAUGUAUCCUAUACUGACUAGUCUAUUUAUCAGGUCUAAUACAUGUAAAACAACAAUAUGUUUAAUAGUGUUUAUAUAUUAUUAUAUAUUUAUAUUUAUUGGACUCAAAGAGCUACAGCCACUCUGUGAUGACAAGCUCUUCUCUUUUAUUGAGGGAUCUAGUCUAGAUUAAACCUCAUAGGAAGACAGUUUUAUCAUGUGGAGGUUUCGUUCAGGUCUCUCUGUUUAACCAAAUACUAUCUUUAGCAGGAGAGAGACCAGAUUCUAACUCUGACAGCAAGAAGGGUCCCUCAGUGGAACCAGACCCAGGGAUGCCCAAACCAGCAAGACGACACCCCUGCUCCCACUGUGGAAAGAGUUUUACUACAUUAGAACACCUGAAAGUACAUAAAAGAAUAAUACACUUUGGAGAAAAGCCAUACCACUGUUCAGACUGUGGUAAGGAAUUUAUCCGGUUAGAUGGCCUGAAACAACAUGAGAGAAUACACUCUGGAGAGAGGCCUCACCACUGCUCUCAGUGUGGAAAGAGUUUUAGCUGGUUAGGGAGCCUGAAAAUACAUGAGAAAACACAUACAGGGGAGAAGCCUUACCACUGCUCUCAGUGUGGAAAGAGAUUUUCCCAGUUAGGGCAUCUAAAAGGGCAUAAGAGAACGCACACCGGAGAGAAGCCUUACCACUGCUCCCAGUGUGGGAAGAGAUUUACCCAGUUAGGCAACCUAAAAAAUCAUGAGCUAAUACACUCUGUAUAUAAGCCUUACCACUGCUCUCAGUGUGAAAAUACAUUUUUCUCAUUAGAUUCUCUGAGAAAACAUGAGAUAACACACUCUGAUGAGAAACCUUUCCAUUGUUCCCAGUGUGGCAAGAAUUUUUUUACAUUAGGGUCCCUGAAGGAACAUGAGCGAACACACACAGCAGAGAAACCUUACCAUUGUUCUAAGUGUGUAAAGACUUUUUCCUCAUCAAAAUACCUUAAAGAACAUAAAAGAAUACACUCUGGAGUGAAACCUUACCACUGCCCCCAGUGUGAAAAAAGUUUUGCCCGACCGAGGGACCUGAAAUUUCACGAGAGGACACACACAGGAGAGAAGCCUUACCGCUGCUCUCAGUGUGGAAAGACCUUUUUUUUAUCAGGACACCUGAAAAGACAUGAGCUAACACACUCUGUUGAGAAACCUUUCCACUGCUUCCAGUGUGGGAAGGAUUUCACCCAGUCAAGAUACCUGAAAAAACAUGACCUAACACACUCUGUAGAAAAGCCUUUCCACUGUUCUCAAUGUGAAAAGAGUUUUAAGAAUUUAUGGAACAUGAAAGUGCACGAGCAAAGACACACAAAGGAGAAGCCUUCUACUGUUCCCACUGUGGAAUGAAAUGUUCAUGGUUUCAUCAACCGAAAGAGCAUGAAUGAAUCUCUCACUCGGGAGAGAAAUGUCCGAAGCCAUUAUUUAUACUGUGUAAUUUAAUAUAUUUUUUUACAUUUGUGUACCUUUUACCAUCCAUAUGAAUUGGAACCUGUCUAUGCAUACAGGAAACGAUUAUUUCCUUCACCACUCAUCAAAACGGAACUGUGUGACAAACCUGGACGUUCUUUAAAAGAACGUUGGUCAUUUUUAGAAUGUUGGGACAUUGUUUGAAUGUUUAUCAGGAAACACACAAAAGUGCUCCCUUGUUGGCUGAUAUCUUUGACUGAGAACGGGUUUGUGAUUAUGCCACAUUAAUAAAAUAAAGAUGACUCUUCUAAAAGCCUACUUCACACCAUAAACUGCUGAAUUUGUAAGAACUUUUCUUUCGUUUUGAUUUCUGCAUAAAUGAAAACGUGUCACUGACUCCCCCUAUGGAUUGAUGUUUCAGCGUGUGUUUGUCUCCGUGAAGAGUUCUGUGUUAACGUGCGACAUAAACACACAGUUAGUUAGCAUGCUUGAGUAAGCAGUGGAUGCCAGAUCAAUAUCCAUCUUCAUAAUACAGAUAGCAUGUAGCCUGAGCUAGAAUGUGAAGCUAACUAGUUGGCUAGCUUUAUACAGUUUAAGCCAGAGUAGAUCUAGCUAGCUUUAUACAGUUUAAGAGGGUAGAUCUAGCUAGCUUUAUACAGUUUAAGCCAGAGUAGAUCUAGCUAGCUUUAUACAGUUUAAGCCAGAGUAGAUCUAGCUAGCUUUAUACAGUAUAAUUGUGAAGGGCCUCUCCCAGGUUUGAGUAUGUCUAGAUAGAUCUAGCUCUCUCUCUCUCCAGACAUACUCAAACCUAGGAGAGGCCCUCAUAUAUAGAACACAACCCCUCUCGCUCCCCAAUUAAUUUGUAAACUUUGAAUAAAGUUGGACAAAGACUGCAACCUUGUCUUGCUUCCCAAUUAAUUUCAAAAUGUUGAAUAAAGUUGGCCUCAGACUGCAACCUUGUCUCGCUCCCAAUUAAUUUCAAAAUGUGUAAUAAAGUUGGCCUCAGACUGCAGCCUUGUCUCUUGUCUUGAGAAGACAUACCACUGCUCUCGUUGUGGAAAGACAUGGACCUGAAAUCACAUGAGAGAAAAGAGAGGCUGUGUUCUGACUUUUGUUUUUGACUGAGAAUUUGUGUUUUUGUCAUGAAAUAUAAAUGUAUAUAUAAAAUAAUACUCACCA